AGAGAGGGUUUGAUGAAGGGUUGGAAAAAAUCUAUUGCAAAUAGCUGAGAACUUAUCAUAAGUGAGAUCUCAGCUGGGCCUUGAAGAAUGGAGAGGAUUUUGCAGAUGAAAAUGAGUAAAGACAUAAUUUUGGGUGAAGGAAUAACAAGAAAUAAAAAAGGGUAUAAUGUGCCGGUUUGGAGGGACAGGAGUCUGGAAGUUAGGCCGAGAAAAUAGCAGAGGAGUUCGGAGUGCCAAGGAUCUGGUAGAAUAGGGCAGAGCAGGAUAGGGCUGGGGCCUCCACUGCUUUAAACUUAACUUUGAAAUGUGUCAAAUUUCAGAAAAAUUGCCAGAGCCAUGCAAAGAAUACCCACGAACGCUUGAUGCCGAUUCAUCAAACAUUAAUGUUACGUAGCCGACAUCCCUGUAACCGCCGCUCUUGGUAAACCCCUCUCCCCCAUCGUCAGCGACUCGGGGGUUUUCGACCGUGUGUUCCGUCCGCUUGGGCUGAAGUCCCGCACGCCGCCUGGCUAGUGGUUAUUUAUACGUCAGGUCUCAGGACUCCCGAAGACUCCUUCACUCCAAGGAGAACUUCUCUCAAACCUGAAGAGAUCCAACCCGCUGCCGGAAGCCCUGCCCCAAGAGGGCCGGAGUCUCCCGCUCCCACGCUGCCUGGAGCGGAAGGGGCGUGGCCCGGGAGCGGAAGUGGCCGGGGCCCGGCAGUGCGAGCGCGGGCGACUGCGACGGCUGCCGUGUAGGAAGCCUUGGGGUGAGCAUGCCCGUGGAAGGGAAGACCAAACGGAGGAAAAAGGGAGGUGCGGUGGAAGGGGACCACCCGGACGGCGGCGUCGGCGGGAAUCUGACAGGAGACUAUGUGGUUGGACAAGUCUCCGGCAGCUUGUUCCAGGGCGGGCGGCCCUCCAGAGACCGCGCGGCUCGGCUGGCGUCCCUCUUCAGCUCCUCGGAGCCUCCGCUGCAGCCCGUGUACGUGCCGGUGCCUAAAGAGAACACCGGGAAAAGGAAACGGGAUGAGGAGGAAGAAAGGACAUCCCGAAUUCAGAGACCACUCUUGGAAGGACUUUCAAAUAACAUGAAAGCGAAGAAGAAACUUUCUGACGCAGACAAAAGGGUGGCCAGCAGGGAAAAUGCUCUAGCAAGUGCUGAUUUAGAAGAAGAAAUUCAUCAAAAACAGAAACAAAAAAAGAGUAAUUCUCAAUCUGGUAUUAAAGUAGCAGAUAAAAAAGUACUUGAUGAUGUAGAUCACACAGUUGUAAAUCAAAGGAAGAAAAUUGAAAUCAACCAAGAGGAGGAGAGAUUAAAGAAUGAGAGAACUGUGUUUGUUGGGAAUUUGCCUGUCACAUGUAACAAGAAGAAGCUGAAGUCCUUUUUCAGAGAAUAUGGACAAAUAGAAUCUGUACGAUUUCGUUCUCUGAUUCCAGCAGAGGGAACUUUGUCCAAAAAGUUGGCAGCAAUAAAACGUAAAAUUCAUCCUGAUCAGAAAAAUAUUAAUGCUUAUGUAGUGUUUAAGGACGAGAGCGCUGCUACAAAAGCAUUGAAAAGAAAUGGCACCCUAAUCGCAGAUGGAUUUCGGAUUAGAGUUGACCUUGCAUCCAAGACUUCAUCUAGAGACAAGAGAUCAGUAUUUGUGGGGAAUCUCCCAUACAAAAUUGAAGAAUCUGCAGUUGAGGAACACUUUUUGGAUUGUGGGAGUAUUGUGGCAGUAAGGAUUGUGAGAGACCGAGUUACUGGAGUCGGCAGAGGGUUCGGCUAUGUGCUCUUUGAGAAUACAGAUGCUGUUCAUCUUGCUCUGAAAUUAAAUAAUUCUGAACUGAUGGGAAGAAAACUCCGAGUCAUGCGCUCUGUUAAUAAAGAAAAAUUAAAAUCAAAUUCAAAUCCCGGCUUGAAGAAUGUCAGUAAACCUAAUAAGCAGGGACUUAAUUUUGCUUCAAAAAAUGUCGGACCUUCUAAAAGUUUGUUUAUUGGAGAAAAAGCUGUUCUCAUUAAGAAGAAAAAGAAAGGACAAAAGAAAAGUGGACAAGCUAAGAAACAGAAAAAACAGAAGUAAUCACCUGAAGAUUAUUUUGUUCCUACUGAGUACUGGUAAUAAAUUGUGAUAAAACCAUGAA